CGCUCCCGUCUGGAGAGAUCCGCAUCCAUAUAAUGCACCGCGCAAUGUAGCAAAUCCCACAGUAGGCAACUAACUUUACUACAGUUCGGAACAAUGAGGAAAUUCUUGAUUUUUGUGGCCUUGUGGGCAGUUUGCUGUGCAGCUCCUACGGAGCAUCCGCCUAAUGUCUCACAGAAACCUCACAGCAUUGUGGCGCUCGGAUUACUGCAGCACGAUGGUAACCUCCAUCACUCAAGUGGUCUCGACCGGCCCAGUCCGAUUAAUCCAGAAGUAGUUAGCGAUCCAAAGCCUGCCUCAAUCGUAAUUGCCCAUGAUGAGCCACAAAAGAGCGCUCGUCAUGCUCGUGACAUACCCGUGCCGACACAGGUGAAGACCACAAGCGCUCCCAAAGAGGAAAAGGAAAAGGAGAAGCCCCAGGUGGAGGAAACUAGCACCAGCAGACCAGACGGUCCACUGCGUCAUCGUCCAGUGCCCGUUGCAGAGCUCUUCAGCAAACCCAAGUCCCAACCCGCCGCCAGCUCUGCUGAGAAUAAGGAAAGCAAGGAGAGCGAUGAAAGCAAGGAGGGCAAGGUCUAAGUCACGAUGCCCGUUCGACCCGCUGAAUUUAUAUGCAAGCCCGCUAAUUGGCUCGUCAUGUUACGAAUGGAAGCAAACAACUCAAGAAAUAUAAAUAAAUA